AUGAAUUAUUGUUGGGGUUUAUUUGGUGUUGCAUUACACAUAUCCUCAUUGUACAAGGCACCUGGGCGACUACAUAGAAGCUUUCAAACUAUUGGUACAAUAUCAUAUAGGAAAUUUCUACCGAUUUAUUCAACUAACUUGUCAAAGCAUACUGGACGAGGACGUCGUCAUUCCGACGAUAAAGAUGAAGAUGAUGACGAUAGUUCAGAUGAAGAAUUUCCUGAUGAGUCGGAUACCAGUACCGAAUCAAAUGAUCCAUAUUAUUCAGAAGACGUUGAAUUCAAUCCAAAUUUUAAACAGAUAUCAACAUGCGUUAAAUCAUUACGUUUUGAUAAAAUUAUUCGUGUAGGCCUAGGUAUAACACAGAGUGCAUGUGAUAAUGCAUUCUUUUCUAGUCGAUUUCGACUAAAUGGAGCAAAACUUCUUAAAUUGGGUACUAAAGUUUAUGCAGGUGACAAAUUAGAUAUGAUCAUUGAAAAUGGAGAAGAACCUGUAGACGUUGAAGUCAAUCAAUCUCCGCCACCGAAUGAUCCAGAUGUUGAAAAGCAUUGGAACAAGUUAUUGUUGGAGUUAUCAGGAUUGGAGUUUUGUUUUUCAAAUUCAUCAAAUAGUCGACUUGUAGCAGAAUCGUAUGAAGGUGCACAUGUUCUACGUGGAUUAGACAAUGAUCAACGGAAUACAACCAUCAUUUCACAUGCAAUUUACUUGCCUUUAGUAAUAUAUCCUAAUGCAGAAUUUAUUUAUCAUGUACCGUAUCUGCUGACAGCUCAAAUGCGUGGUCGUCAUAUCGGUAUUCAAGGUCAAUUGGCUUUACAAAGAUUAAAUAUCUCCUUCACAAUACCUUCAGUUCAAAUUGAAAAAAAACAUGAAAAUCUUGGAUCCAAUUUCGUACCGAUACAUUUGAAAGCUUGUGUAACGUUUACUGCAACACAGGAUAUAUUCCCUCAAACAUUACUUCCUAGAACAUGUAAACCAAAUUCUCUGAAAGGUGAUACAUCUGCACGGAUAAGUUUUCUUGAAUGGUCUAAACGAAGUGAUGUUUUCGACUCAAAUCGAUGUUAUACACGUACUCGAAUACAAACUGAAUUCCAUGUUGCUGCACAUCUUCUACCGCGUUUGAAAGAGGUUCGAGUGUUUAAAAAAAAAUGA